GUCCUUCACCACCAACCACCAACAGCUACUUGCCAGGUCUCCGAGUCAGCACGCUUUGGAUGAUUGACUGUGUUCUAGAUUUCAAGGGCCUCUGAAAGGCAUUCAUGACUAUACUCGACAUGUACAUGUCCAUCGCACUCUCGCUGCGGUCUCUCCCCCAUCGACCAUAUUUUAGGAAUGGUCUCUACGCGAUCGUCGCCCUCUCUUUCCUGCUUCUCCUAUUUUCCUGGAAAAAUUUGGGAAGCAACAGCUAUGUGCCUUUUCCUGGAGAAGGCGUCUCCGAUACACCUAUAGUCGACGAACCUUCAGCUGUAUGGGAAGAUAGAGCCGAACAGGUCAAAUCAGCAUUUUUGUUCUCCUAUCAUGCGUACGAGCGACUCGCAAUGCCUCAUGACGAAUUGAGACCGGUCACUGGUGGAUACGUAGACAACUUCAAUGGAUGGGGUGUUUCUAUGAUCGAUAGUCUAGAUACGAUGCUCUUGAUGGGACUCAAAGAGGAAUACUCGCGCGCAUUAUACGAAGUAGAAAAGAUGAAAUUUCACCUUCCCGAAGACAAGGUGGCGCCAUAUUUUGAGACGGUUAUCCGCUACUUAGGUGGUCUGUUGUCCGCUUACGCCAUUACAAAAGAUGAAAUUCUCUUGCAACGCGCAGACGAGCUAGCAGAGAAAUUAGAUCCCGUAUAUAAAACCCCGAGUCGCCUGCCGUUAUAUGGAAUCAAUCCCUCAACAGGUAAAACCGAAGGUCCAGAAAUUGGAAUUUUAGCCGAAAUUGCUAGUAUGCAGCUCGAGUAUGCAACCCUUGCUAAAAUGACAGGAAAAACGAAAUGGUCCGAUAGGGUGAAUAACAUUGUUCGAACGUUGUCUCAGGCUAAUCUUCAUCGCACCGGAGGAAUGUUCCCAGUUGGAUGGAAUGUUACCGACGGAAAACCCGCCGACACUCGCCUUUCAGCCGGUGCACAAGCAGACAGUGCCCACGAGUAUCUCCUCAAAUUAUACCUAUUAAGUGACAAAACCGAUAAGGCCAACCUUGAAAUGUAUAUACGUAUGACGACUCACCUUAUCACCAACCUACUCUACCUGUCGCCUUCCCGACAUCUACUCUAUGUCACCGACUCGAGUCACGGACAACCCACACAUACUUUCGAACAUCUAUCCUGCUUUCUGCCGGGACUGCUCGUGCUAGGUGUUCACACUCUUCCUCUCGACAACUUACCAUCCCUCGGUAUUGACCUCAACGACCUUGCCGCUGGGGGACUUUUCAAUGAAGCCAGCCAGGAGUAUCGUUUGCUCAAAACAUAUAACUUGAAAGAAUUACAUAUGUGGGCUGCGGAAGGACUCGCACAGACUUGCUGGCUCUCUUACGCCGAUCAGCCGACUGGGCUUGGGCCGGAUGAGAUGAUCUUUAGAACAACGUCCAGACAUGCAUAUCCAUGGAUGGAUGCCAUUGAGCAUUGGCGGAAAUCCGGCUCACGAGGAGCACCUCCUGGCAUAGGUGAUAAGCGGGCAGUUGCUUUGACAAGGGAACAGAGGUUGAAGGGAGAUGCGAGAACCAGAGACUAUGUACUAAAGAAGAGCGGAUAUCUGUUGAGGCCUGAGACUAUCGAGUCGCUGUAUUUGAUGUGGCACUUCACAGGAGACGUGAAGUGGCGGGUUCGUGGGUGGAAGAUCUUUGAAGCGAUAGAGCGGUAUACAAAGACGCAGUACGGGUAUGCUAGUGUCAGAAAUGUUGAGCACAUGUCAGCUCCCAAAUUAGAUGAACUUCCCAGCUACUUUUUUGCUGAAACGCUGAAGUACCUCUAUCUUAUGUUCAGAAAUGAUGAUCUUCUACCUUUAGAUCAAUGGGUGCUCAAUACAGAGGCUCACCCUUUACCUAUCAAAUGGACACCCAAUGUGAGAGAUAAUUGACCAAUCUGAUAGAUUUGCCACCCAUGUAUUUUUGAAGUACUUGACCAAAAUCAUAGGUUAUAGCCACUUUACAACAUGUGAUUAUACUUAUACUUCAUUAUGAC